AUGGCGCCCGAUCAGCCAAAAUUCGGCAACACUGUCACCAUCCUGAGAGGCUUCGGCUCUCUUGCCCAUCUUAUCGCCAGCGAUGUGGACCACAGCACUGAAGUUUACAGGCGUUUUGGAAGCCUGUCAGCACGCGAUCUGUUGUACUAUGAGGCGGAACUUGCAGAGUGCCAAGCCUUGCAAGAACAAUAUGAUCUUGAGGACGCCGUUGAUGCUGGCGACGACAUAACUUCAGACUUGUCCUAUCAUGUUCGGAAGAAUGCUCGCAACUGGCAAUCGUUUACGAAGGGGGCUGAAAAGGGAUAUGAAGACGAACGUUGGAAGAAGCGAAUGGAUCUGGCUAUGCGAGCCAGAGGGCUGUUGAGAGAAUAUCGAGAGGCAUUAAUCCAAGAGUCCACGCUGCUGGCUCUACGGCCACCUUCCAAGCAGACCAUGACGGCACUAUCAAAGAACUUCCAUCAAGAGGUCUCCGCAUCCCACAGCUCAGACGGCCAGGCCACCACAGACUCAGCCAUUAUGGGUGUGGGCGCAAGGCUAUAUCCCUUGCCACAGCUGAUAUCUCAAAGUACAUCGGCCGACCAUGUGUCGCUCGUCGCGAACCCGCAGCCAGACCUUCUCACCUACUUUCUGAAGACACAUUGUUCACGACUAUUCCGCACGAAGCCACCACCUGCAUUACCAACAUCGACGUCCCUAUCCCACUUAAACGCCCCGCAGUUGACCCACUACUCGCUCCACUAUGUCAACAUCACCACCUUCCUACUGACUACGAUACUGUCAGCGGUACUACUGUUCUUGCCCAUCUACGUCCUGUACAAUGUAUCUGCAUCUCGGCCAGGCUUGACGCUGGGAUUGAUCGCAAUGUUCACGACGCUUUUCGCCAUCACGGUGGCAUUAAUCACUAAUGCGAGGAAGGCUGAGAUUUUCGGCUCUUGUGCCGCUUAUGCCGCCGUGCUUGUGGUCUUUGUCAGUGGGGAUUUUGCUGGGAGUGCGCCUGGAUGA